GGGAGAUAAGAGUAAAAAAUCAGUAUCGAACACUACAUGUACCUAGCCGAACUCGCGCUAUCACUUUAGCAGCCUCCAAGAACGAUCAAGUGUACAUACACACCACAAAACUACCUGUACAAUGUUGCUUCCCAAGCUCUGUUACCUCUUCAUUGGCUUCGCCACAUACCACCUCGCUGUAGGUGACGGAAUCUGUGGCCAAUAUGCACCACCAUGCACUGGAUGCGCGUACGGGGGAGACCCUAAUGGUAAGUUGUAGACCCCAUCGCCUGAAGGAGAGACUACACUAAUGCAACACGUACAGUCCAAGGCUAUUGCUAUGUGGACCCAAGGGGGCCCCAAUAUGGCUACAAUGCAUUCAUGCAUCAAUCCAUAUCCAUGGCGUCCGGAUCAGCUUCCGUGUCCAUCUCAGUCACGUAUCCCGUGCUGUAUCCAUGUGCCGUCUCUGCCCCCUCCAUAGUCUGCUCAUAUUGACGAUUCAUGUUCUGCUGUCUUGCGUCCUCGAGAGCCUUCUCGCGUGCUCUCUGCCUCGUCUCUACUAUCGCCUUCCUCACCGCGUCCUGCUGCUCGUCCACAGUGAGCGACUUGGGCACGCUAUAGAGCACCAGCUCCUGGCCCUCGACAUCCUCAUUCUUGCCAGUCAAGACAUGCUUUGGUAUUUUGCUGAAGUGCUUCUCAAUGUCGGGAAGGAAAAUGAGCUUCUCUUCAUCCGACUCGAUGUCUGCCAAUUCCGCGUCCAAGUCGUGGAUGUAGACGCGAUCACGCGUCUCAUCGACCUGCAUCAGUCCCCCAUCUCCUGCUGCUGUCGAUUUGGUGCCGUGCUUGGAUGAUGUGCGCGCAGUAGGUGAAGUCGAUGGGCCCGCGACUGGGAUAUAAUAUGAGCUGCUGGCGUGAGCGCCAUGUGUACUGGAUUCAAGAUUGAGCAGAUUGAAGCGUUUGGCGAACCGUUCAUAGUCGUUUCUUGACUCAUCGAGCUUGCGCUUUCGGGGCCCCACAUCCACAUCGAUAGCAGCCAUCGUCCAUCACCGCGCAACACCACGUCCAAUCCCGAAAGUCAUCUCAGAACCGCGACCGAAGAGUGAGUGUGCGGCUGUAGGUACGACUUUCAACAACCUGAGUGGAUGUCACGCGAGAGAGACAAGCUGCAUGCGAAGCUUCCACCGCCAACUCGUCUCGGGCCUGCUCCACUUCAGAAUUUCUAGAAACGCCACGAAAACCACGACGACGACGACGACCACGAUCACGAGCACAUACACCGCCCCGAUCCGCGUGAUCUUCCCCCAGAUACGCAGAAUGGCCUCCACCACGGGCCACGAGCCUGAGUGGAGCGCCGUGAAGGUUCGCAAGACCUUCAUCGAGUACUUCGAGAAGAAUGGCCACACCUUCGUCCCCAGCGGCAGUGUCGUGCCUCUGUCAGACCCCACCCUGCUCUUCACCAAUGCUGGCAUGAACCAAUUCAAGGCCAUUUUCCUGGGCACUGUGGACCGCGACUCUGACUUCGCCAAGCUCAAGCGCGCUGCCAAUUCGCAAAAGUGCAUUCGCGCUGGUGGUAAGCACAAUGAUCUCGACGAUGUCGGCAAAGACUCGUACCACCACACCUUCUUCGAGAUGCUGGGGAACUGGUCUUUUGGCGAUUACUUCAAAGAGGAAGCCAUCCAACUCUCGUGGCAGCUACUCACAAAAGUCUAUGGCCUUCAGCCCGAUCGACUGUACGUGACUUACUUCGAAGGCAAAGCUGAUGCCGGACUGGAUCCCGAUACCGAGGCCCGAGAUUUCUGGCUCGCCCAAGGCGUUCCCGAGGACCACAUCCUGACUGGAGAUAUGAAAGACAACUUCUGGGAGAUGGGUGACCAAGGCCCUUGUGGACCAUGCUCAGAGAUCCACUACGAUCGCAUCGGCGGCCGCAAUGCUUCACACCUCGUCAACCAGGAUGAUCCCAAUGUCAUCGAAAUCUGGAACAACGUCUUUAUUCAAUACAACCGAGAACCGGACAAGUCACUGAAGUCGCUGCCUAACAAGCACGUCGACACUGGCAUGGGGUUUGAGCGACUGGUCUCCAUCUUGCAGAACAAGCCCUCGAACUACGACACGGAUGUCUUCACGCCACUCUUUGCUCGCAUCCAGGAGAUCACUGGCGCGAGAGAAUACCAGGGAAAGUUUGGAGAGGAAGAUGCCGAUGGCGUCGACACUGCCUACAGAGUGGUUGCCGACCAUGUUCGGUUACUGACCUUUGCCAUCUCGGACGGAGGCGUGCCAAACAACGUCGGUCGUGGAUAUGUCGUUCGUCGCGUGCUUCGCCGUGGUGCACGCUAUGCCCGCAAGUACUUCAACACUGAUAUUGGUAGCUUCUUCUCCAAGCUCGUUCCCACACUAGUGGAGCAGAUGGGUGAUAUGUUCCCAGAAAUCAAGAAGAAACAGGAUGAAGUCAAGGAGAUUCUCGAUGAGGAAGAGGUUUCUUUCGCCAAGACGCUGGAUCGUGGAGAGAGUAUGUUUGAGAAAUAUGCACAGAAUUGCAAGUCGAGCGGCACAAAGACACUGGCUGGUGCAGAUGUGUGGCGGCUUUAUGACACAUACGGUUUCCCAGUGGACUUGACGAGAUUGAUGUGUGACGAGCGCGGACUUGAGAUCAUCGACAAGGAUGUCGCUGAAGCUCAAGAGAAGGCUCGCGAAGCAUCGAAGGGAGAGAAGAAGGCUGGCGCCACACUGGUGAAGCUCGACGUGCAUGACAUUAGCACUCUCGAGAACAUGCCAGAUGUGCCGAAGACGGACGACACGCCCAAGUUCCAGCGUGACAACAUCAAGGCUACCAUCAAGGCAAUCUAUCACGACCGCAAAUUUAUCAAGUCAACCUCGGAGAUACCCGAAGGCGAACAGUUCGGCGUCAUUCUCGACAAGACGAACUUCUACGCGGAGCAAGGUGGACAGGAAAACGACACCGGCCGCAUCCUCAUUGACGGCGAGGCCGAGAUCAAGGUUGACAACGUCCAGCAAUAUGCUGGAUAUGUCAUGCACACCGGCUACGUGGAGUAUGGUAGCCUCAAGGUCGGUGAUGAAGUGCUAUCAGAGUACGACGAGCUUCGAAGACAACCUAUUCGCAACAACCACACUGGAACGCACAUCCUCAACUAUGCCCUGAGAGAAGUGCUCGGCGACGACGUCAACCAGAAGGGCUCCCUCGUCGCACCUGAAAAGCUGCGAUUUGACUUCAGCCACAAGGCAGGCGUGACUGACGAGGAACUCGCCAAGAUCGAGGAAGUCAGCACAAACUACAUUCGCCAGAACUUCGAGGUGUUUUCAAAGGACGUGCCUCUCGCUACUGCCCGCCAGAUCAACGGUGUUCGCGCUGUCUUUGGCGAGACGUACCCGGAUCCUGUGCGUGUCGUCUCUGUGGGCAUGGCCGUUGAAGACCUCCUCGAAAACCCCUCGGAUCCCAAGUGGAAUGACAUCUCGAUUGAGUUCUGCGGUGGUACACACGUCAAGUCCACAACCGAGAUCAAAGACCUUGUCGUGGUGGAAGAGAGUGGUAUCGCCAAAGGCAUUCGUCGCAUUGUUGCUGUGACUGGUGCCGAAGCUCAUCGCGUGCAAGCCAUUGCUCAGGAGUGGGAGAAGCAGGUUUCAGCGCUGGAGAAGCUCCCGUAUGGACCGGACAAAGAGGCCAAGACGAAGCAGCUCACCACGGACCUGAGCAAGCUCGACAUCUCUGCUCUGCAGAAGACGUCGCUUCGCAAUCGUGUCGCUGCAGUCGCCAAGGCCAACCUGGAUCAGCAGAAGACUGCUCAAAAGGCCGAGAGCAAGAAGGUCCUCGAUGAAGUGACGAACCACUUCGUGAGCAAUGCCGGAUCCACGACCCUUGUGCUUGCCGUUCCCGUCUCUGCGGGAGGCAAGUCUAUUCAGGAGACCAUCAAGGUGGUGCAAACCAAGCAAAAGGACAAGACAGUGUACCUGCUCGGCAAGACUGAUGAUGGCAAGGUCAUUCACGGCUGCCACGUCUCUGCGGAUGCGCAGGCCAAGGGCGCCGACGCUGCCAAGUGGUCCAGCGAGGUCUCUUCUCUCGUCGGAGGCAAGGCGGGUGGCAAGGGCGCCACCUCGCUCGGCCAAGGUACGGACGCCACGAAAGUGGGUGAGGCCGUCGAGGCCGCUCAGAAGUACCUCGCCAACUUGAGCUUGUAGUAGUAGUAGUACCAGCGGUAGUCACUAGUAGGAGGACUAGUGGCUCGUGGCUCUGAUGAGCAUUAUUCCACUUGUUCAGAAACGAGAAACGAUGUAAGAAUGAGCGAUUGGUCUUGUUCAUUCCUGUGGUGUCAAUAUCACGAUUCCGCAACACUGUGACUGUCUCAGUCCUUUGCACACACACACACACACACACACACACACACACACACACACACACACACACACACACAC